AUGCUAAAUCUCAAGAUCUACGCAACAUAUACUGUUGAUAGCAUGGCUGAAUUCAACGACAUUCACGAUGAGUUUGUAGCGUAUAUGGACGAAGGCAAGCCGUUAUCUCCAGGAAAACGCAGCACACUUCGAGACCACGAACUCUGCUACGAGGUAAUGGAUGAGUAUGCAGAGUAUCUUAGACGCUGUAAUGCUAGUGGUUCGGUCUUGGCCAAAGAUGAGCUAGCAGAAGCAAAAGUCUUGGUUGUCUACCAGGGCCAAAACCGCGGACUCCUUGGCUUCCAGUUUCUUAAAGACACGUGGGACGAUGCGGAGGCUGCGGAGUACCUGGAGCAGUUGAAAAAUAAGAUCCCUCCAGAUAAUCAAGGUCAAUCCCCGAAAGAUAUUCUUGCCGAGAUGUGGAAACAGUAG